AUGUUUUCUCUUGCCUAUUCAUUGAGCGGAAUCGGGUCCAUAGCUCUAUCCGGACUCUACGCAAUCUUUAGGCGCCGGCCAUCCAAAGAACCGGCACUUCAGAACAACGUCGCCGAGGUUAUCGAAAAAUUUCCGAACGAUGCCAUAUUCAACAGACUCAUUCAGCUUUCCAUUGAAAGGCCAGAUUUGCAAUUUCAUGACGACUACGGUGUGGAUGCUAAUUAUAAUGAUUUGAUCCGCGACAUCGUCCACGUUCGUCGUUUACUCCGAAAGCAGCUCCCGGCGUCUUCAUUCGACGAGAGUGGCCUUCUUCGCAAAGAUGCCUCAUCUAUAGCUUUUCUUGCCUUCAGUGGAUACAAUUUUAUAAUCAGCUUUUUGGCUAUUGUUGCCCUGGGAGGCGUGUGCAUACCUCUAUCCACCGGAUGCAGUGCCGAAGAAGCAAGUUUCUUCUUGAAGAAGACCAAGGCAACAUGCAUUCUCGCGGAGUCAAACACCCUUGAGAUGGCCGUCAAGUUUAGAGACCAUGCACAAACCCAGAAUAGCCAAAUGUUGAACUUGAUACAACUGUCAAGGGCACAGCCUGAGUCGAAUACGAACCCAAUUGCCUGGGAGAUUGACAAAGGGUUGACAUUCUCACCAGCCAGUGGCUGUCUUGUUCUCUUCACGUCUGGGACCACUGGGUUGCCAAAAGGCGUUUUUCUCCCACGUCAAAUGUUCCAUUUCACAGAAGCUCCUCCAUCUCAGGAAGUUGUCUAUUUAGCGUCCUGCCCUGUCCACUGGGUUGGAGGCACGGGGCUCAUAGACAGCGUGCUCAAUGGCGAAAACCUGCACAUGAUGAAAGCCGAAUCUGAGCCAGCAGACUUUUGGGAGAUCCUACGAGGAGGUAAAAUUACAGACAUGAGCGUGUCGCCAACGCUGUUGAGAAGACUGGUCGAGUAUUACCACAAUAACAUAUGUCAUCUUCCUUCUGAAGAUCGCGAGGCGUAUGUCAAUGGAUGUCGAAGCCUAAAGUCUGUUUUUACAAGCGGUUCUAUGCUUAAUCCUUCUACUGCACAACUCUUUACAGAUUUGGCUGGUGCAGUGCUCAGGAAUGGAUAUGGGAUAACGGAGAUGGGCGGAGGUGUUAUGGCGACUCCAGAGGGCUCAGCUAUAUCCGAGGGCUACGUUGGAAGACCUUUUCAAGGCGUCACGGUGAAACUUUCUGAAGGAGACCAUGGAGAGAUUCUGGUUAAAAGUCCUACCAUGUUCAUCGGAUAUUUCGACGAUGAAAAGGCAACCAGUGCUUGUUUUGACGACAACGGAUUUUAUAAAACGGGAGAUCGUGCUCACCGCGUUGGCGAGGAUUACUACUUUGACGGCAGGAUGUCAUGCGACUGGCUGCGUUUUCAUGAGUACACGAUAUCUGUCCUGGAGCUUGAGCAGCGUCUGGUAGACCUUCCAUAUAUAUGUGAAGCUCACGUUCUUCCAGUGCGAGAUUACCAUGCUGGCGGAUUAGCCGCCGCGCUUGUUCGACUUUGUAAGAAGGAUGCCGGCGACGAAGCACAAAACGUCACCCUUCGGACUAUUCGUGAAGAUCUCGCUAGCGCUGGAGUUGUUUCCUACAAACUACCAACGUUGCUUCGGAUCAUCCCAGAUGGAGAGCAGGUCCCACAUACAGCCUCUGGAAAGGCGCAGAAAAAGGAAGCUCUGCGAAAAUACUUUAACAUAAUUGGCCAUUUGCCGGAUGCGUAUGAGCACGAGGGUGUGGAAUAUUGGGGAAAUAAGCUGGAUUUGGCAACUUCAGCGCGACUGUUUGACUGGGGAGGCUUGUAG